UUAUCUAAAAUUUCUCGAUAGCGAACAUUUGAAUAUCGACCUGUAGAACAUUCAGCUAAUCGAUCUCUUUUUGUUUUGUCUGACAUUCGCUUUUGGCAUUUGUAGAAUAGAAAAUUGUUUAAGUGCUUGUAAAUCAAUAUAGUUAUUUAUAUAUUCAAUUUAAAUUUUAAUAUGAAUUAGAAAAUAUCCAAUUAAGUAUCCCAGUGGGCAAAAUUGAAACUUAGUUCAAAUGGCUAACAAAACAAAUUCACUGCAUCCCUUGGUAUAUUGGGCACAAACAAAGGAUCAAAUAACUCUAAAAGUUGACUUAAAAGAUGCAAAGGCUCCUUACGUUCUCUUCGCGGAAAAGUCUGUGAAAUUUUCCUCUGAGGGAUACGGCGCAUGCGGCUUUAAUGCGUAUAAUUUUGAACUAAUAUUUUACAGUAACAUUGAUGAAGAACAUUGCAGCUAUCGAGUUUACGACAGCAAAGUGGAGCUGCUUAUUCAGAAAUGCGAAUGCAAUUCAUGGCCCCGUUUGAUUUCUAUACCACAAAAACCACAUUGGCUAAGAAUUGAUUUUGAUCGUUGGCAAACCGAGGAAGAAAUGCUUGAAGAUGAAAAGCCUAGAAAUGUCUUGGAAGACUAUUCGAAAGAACUUCAAAGAGUACAAAAAGAAGAAUUUGGAUACUUGAAAGAAAGCACUAAAAAAGUUUAUAUGGUGUUUUACAAUUUGGCUCAAUUCAUUGGUUAUUUAUACAUUCUUAUUGUGAUGGGUUUAAUGUAUUACCGCGAUGGCAUUAUGUCAAUGCCUAAAACCUACGAAUCUGUGGGUAAUGCAAUGAAAUUUUGUCAGCUGCUACAAUAUCUCGAGGUACUUCAUCCCAUUUUCGGUUAUACAAAAGGCAGUGCACUCAUGCCGUUCUUUCAAGUUUCGGGACGCAAUUUCAUACUGUUUUUCAUGGUGGAAAUGGAGGAGCGUAUGCAAACGAAACCAGUUAUAUUUUAUGUUUUCGUUAUUUGGUCAAUUGUCGAAGUAAUUCGCUAUCCAUACUAUUUGUCAAACAUUUUUAACUUAGAAAUUCGGCUGUUGACAUGGCUGCGAUAUACUAUUUGGAUACCACUAUAUCCUAUGGGCAUAUUAUGCGAAGGAGUAAUUAUUCUGCGUAAUUUACCAUAUUUUGAAGAAACAAAGAAAUUGACGGUUGAAUUGCCCAACAAGUGGAAUUUUUAUUUUAGUAUGACUGGAUUUAUGAAAAUAUAUUUACUGUUACUAAUACUACCAGGAACUUUUUUGGUUAUGUCCCACAUGGCUAAGGUACGAGCAAAAAAGCUUAAAGGAAAACGAGUUGGAAGCAAUUUCAAUAGCGAUUGUAAAUAAUAAUAACAUAAUCAAAGAACACUACAUAACAGCAUGCAAAAUAUCAUCGGUCGUAAAUUAGAGAGAAAAAUCAUGGCACAGCUCUCAUGCUUGUUUGAAACCUUAUUUACUGUUAAUACUCUCGAUAAUCAGCUAUAUCAUUAAUGAGACCCGGUAGUGACAAAUAUUAAUUAUUUCAGCGUUACAACACUCAUGUGUUCAAUACGAAUGGGAAAUACUUGUAUAUUUUCAAAAAUGCAUUCUAUUCGUAUUUUGGCCUUUUAUUUCUUUGAAACACAUUAAUUUACUGUAAAAUUAGCUCCAUUUUACUUAGUACGAUGAUUAAGCUGUCAAAAUGUAUUUAUUCAUUUAAAUAAAGCUUAUUUAAAAAAAUUACAUAAAUAAAUUAUAAU